CUCAUGCAUUUCGCGCUUCACGCAUGUUACCUCUGUCCUGGGUGAGCAGGCUCCUCAAAUUUCGACACACGAGGCCGUUUGAUCUUUUCUGAUCUUCCCUUCCGCUUCUGCCUCCUCGAAUUUAACUUUACUCACCCCCCGCCUCAAUCCACUACUCAACCCCACGAACGUUGAACUACCAAUAACAAUGCAGGUGGAAUUCUCAGCGAUAGAGGUUGCUGGAGAGGCGAAUCCUCUCACAGAGGGAAUACUGAUUCACGUGCUGCGCUCAGCUGCAUCUGCAGAUCCGCAUCAAGUUCAGUCUGGCACAAAGCAGCUGCAACAAUGGGAGAAGGCACGGGGCUAUUAUCCGUUGCUUCAAUCUGUAUUUAUCGAGAAAUCCCUCCCAUGGGAAGUUCGCUACCUCGCAAUCAUUCAGCUUAAGAAUGGUAUCGACAAAUACUGGCGCAAAACUGCAACGAAUGCAGUCACCAAGGAGGAUAAGGCAGCCAUACGAGCCAGGCUACUCGAGAGCGGCGUGAAUGAGGCAGACCAACGACUCGCGCUACAAAAUGCAUUAGUUGUCGCAAAGAUCGUCCGGUUUGAAUUUCCCAAUGACUGGCCCGAUCUUUUUCAACAACUACUCCAGAUCCUCCGUUCCUCAACCGAACCAGGCGCUUACCGAUUGCUUCUCCCUCGAGCGCUGCUGAUAAUUCUACAUAUCGUGAAGGAGCUGUCUACUGGACGUCUCCUUAGAACGCGACAGACGUUACAAACCGUGGCACCAGAAACCUUCAACUUACUCGGAAACAUAUACGUCAACAAGGUACAGAGCUGGCAGCGGUUCUUCCGCGAAGGUGGAGAUGAUGAAGCCGGAGCUAUCGAGGACAUCGAGAACAGCCUCCUGAUCAUCAAGGCAAUUCGUCGUUUGGUCAUUGCUGGCUACGACUUUCCUGGCCGCGAAAAGGAAGUCCAGGAGUUUUGGACCCUAUCUCGGACACACUUUGGAGAGUUCCUCCAAUAUGUGGUCUACGAAGAUUCCCCGUUGGCGCCCAGCGUGCGAAAGCUCAUUGAGAAACUCCUUAUGCAACUAUCUAAAUUCCACCUUGCCAUGUCAACGACGCACCCGACAGGCUUUAUACUCCUCCCAAACACGAUAGACCUCGUCCGCGACUAUUGGGCUCUGGUCGCAAAACUUGGUGAAUCUUGGGGAUCCAAAUCAUUGGACAGUGCAAAGGUUGGCACUGAUGGUGACGAGGAAGAUGAUGCUCCUAUUCUUGAGCGUUUAGGCUUGAAGGGACUGCUCGUCAUUCGUGCGUGUGUAAAGAUGGUGUUCUACCCAGCCCAAACCUUCCGUUAUCAGCAUCCUCAGGACAAGGGAGAGAAGACACAAGCCAUUGCUCUGGUCAAAUCUCAGCUUUUAACCGACGAUCUGGUUCGCGAAAUUGUAUCCGCUUUGGUAACUCGCUUCUUCGUCUUUAGACCAAGUGACCUUCGCAUGUGGGAGGAAGAGCCCGAUGAGUGGGAGAAGAUGGAGGAAGGUGGCGAGGAUUGGGAAUUUGCAAUCCGUCCUUGCGCUGAAAAGCUGUUCUUGGAUCUCGCAAAGAAUUUCAAAGACUUGAUCAUCCAGCCACUGUUGCAAGUUUUUCAGCAAGUUGCGACAACGGAGAACGAAGACAUACUCUUCAAGGACUCGGUAUACACAGCAAUCGGUCUUGCUGCAGACAUUCUACUCGAUCACCUAGACUUUAACGCGUUCAUAACCAACACACUAGUUGCAGAAGCUCAAAAGCAGAAGCCUGGGUUCAACAUCAUUCGACGACGAAUCGCCAUCAUCAUUUCUCAAUGGAUUGCGAUCAAAAUUGCAGACUCACAGAAGCCGAUUGUUUAUCAAAUCUUCCAACACCUACUGGACAAGAGCGACCCACUCAACGACCAGGUCGUGCGCGUCACCGCCGGUAGAAAGUUCUAUGAUGUGGCAAACGAGUGGGAGUUCAAGGCUGACAACUUCCUCCCAUACGCUCCUGCCAUUCUAGAAAGACUUAUGGCCUUGGUCCAAGAAGUAGAACUUCCUGAGACCAAGAUGGGUCUUUUGAGUACAAUCAGUAUCGUUGUCGAGAGGCUGGAACAUCACAUUACUCCGUACGCCAACAGUAUCAUUGCACUUCUGCCACCCCUUUGGGAACAAUCCGGCGACGAACAUCUUAUGAAACAAGCUAUUCUCACACUUCUAGCUCGCUUAACAAACGCGAUGAAGGCAGAGUCUCGCUCGUUCCACGUGUCGUUCCUUCCCAUCAUUCAAUCAGCCAUUGAGCCGAAUUCGGACACGCAGGUGUAUCUCCUUGAGGAUGCACUAGAUCUAUGGGCAUCAAUUAUUGCCCAAACACCGUCCGCGCCCGAGGCUCCGCCUCCCGAGUUACUGAAUCUUUUACAAUACCUCAUACCACUGUAUUCGUUGGAUAAUGACACCCUCCGGAAAUCGCUCGAGAUCACCGAAGCGUACCUCCUUCUUUCACCAUCUGCUGUCCUCGCAGACAAUUUCCGUACUACUCUUCUUUCCUCAUUAGCAGAGCUCAUCGGCUCUCUAAAACCUGACGCGAAUGGAAUGGUAACUCAUCUUGUUGAAUGCGUAGUCCGUGGCGCAGAUGGAUUCGGCGGCGAAGAAGCUGUCAAGGUAGUUGUGGGUGAUCUGAUCUCCACCGGCUUUCUCGCAAAGCUGCUAGAAGGUCUACACGGCGCAUGGGUACACCACCAGUCGCAUGGUCCCAAUCGCGAAUUGCCCUCUCGAGCGGUCGAUGGUGUCGUGGAAACCGAUUACUUCACCGUGCCUGCACGGAUUGGCCUCGCAUCGCCUACGGUCCUGCUCCAAGCAUUGCAGUCUGUAUCCAACAACGAGCUUGAGAAGACCCUUGAUUGGCUGUUGGAAGAAUGGUUUGGCCACAUGGACAACAUUGGAGACUCUCCCAACCGAAAGCUGAUGACAUUGACGUUCACGCGGUUUUUAGAGACCGGUCAGCCCUGGAUUUUGAGUAGGCUACAAAACCUCAUGGUGGUCUGGACGGACGUGCUUGGAGAGUUGCUGGACGGCUGUGAUGAUCGCAGUGCUGAUUCUCUUCAUUGGCCACCAGAACCAGCGCUACAAAACAGCGAACCAGAAGCCCCAGAAGACGUCCGCAAGCGCGAACUUAUCUAUAGCGACCCCAUCCACCGCUUCAAUCUCGUCACUUACAUCCAGGAGAGAUUACAGAGGGCUAUCCAAGAAAGUGGAGGCGAAGCAAGGUUUCAGGAGGAGUGGCUCAGUCGUGUGGACAAAGACGUCUUGAAGGGAUUCUCGGAGUUGGGCAUCAUGUGAGGAAGGACACGCUCAGCAUUUCAAGCGAAUGUACCGCUACAUUUUCAUGGCUUGCGGGAUCUGCUAGACGGUCUUCCGCUGUAUGAGUGGUCGAGGAGAUGCGCAUAUCACAUUUGAGCGACGUAGACUAUUCCCCGUAGAUAGCUGCCACAACGUGGAUAAUUCAAUAACUGAUAUUCCUUACA